CUCUCUCUCUCUCUCUCUCUCUCUCUCUCUCUCUCUCACGCUCUCUGGUCUCUCUUCUCUGUUUUGAUGCAGGAAUCGUCCUACCUUCAACGGCUACAAAUUUCCCUCUGAUUUGAUCGGAAAUCUGAGAGAAAGAGAGUCAGGGAUCGGACGGCACUUGAUCUCCUGAUUCUCUCCGGAAAAAAGAAAAGAAAAAAACAGCACCCUUCCUCCACAAAUAAACACAAUCGCAGAUUCGCACAACACAACUAUCGCAGCCUCCACAUGCACAGCUACCCACCACCACUUCCAGCCUUCGCCACAACCGGAGAGAACGCCGUACUGACUGCCGUCCCUGUACUCAGCCCAGUGACACUUAGGCUUCAAUGUUGCAGCGCCGCGCAAUCCACCGUCAGCCUCGCACGACGGUCAAGACCACUGACCAGCACCCUCAUCAACGUGACAGCAAUCACAAACACCCACGCAGGGCGGAGAGCAAAAACCCAGCUUUCACACAACCUCUGCACAGAUAGUGUUUUUGUGAAGUAAUUAAUGGACGGGGAUGCAUCAUUGUUGGAGUUAUCUCUUCCGCGAGAUGUUCUCUUGCCAUUGUUUAGUGCUUCCAACUUAUCUUCCUUGGAAGAAGCCUUAGAAAAUCUUAUAGAAGCUUCUAGAACUGAUGUUGGCCGCAAGGACCUUGCUUCCAAGAACAUCCUGCCAACAGUUCUUCAGCUCAGUCGUUCUCUCCCUUGCCCUUCUGCUCAUCACCUUCUCAUAUCAUCUUUAAAGCUCAUCAGAAAUCUGUGCGCGGGAGAAGUUGCAAAUCAGGACGCUUUUAUCGAACGAAAUGGAGUUGGUGUUGUUUUGAAUGUUUUGAGGUCUGCUGCAGCUUUGCCCCAUCAGAAUUAUGGGAUUGUGCGAAUGGGGUUGCAGGUUUUAGCGAAUGUUUCUUUGGCUGGAGAAGAACAUCAGCGUGCUAUUUGGCAUUGCUUCUUUCCGGAGGAGUUUGCUGCUCUCGCGAGAGUCCAAAGCAGGGAGACUUAUGAUCCGUUGUGUAUGGUUAUUUAUUCCUGUUGUGAUGGAAGCACGGGACUGGUCACAGAGCUUUGCAGUGAUGUUGGGUGGCCUGUUGUGGAGGAAAUUGUACGGACUGCAUCUGCUGUUGGAUUUGGAGAGGAUUGGUUGAAGUUGAUCCUUUCUAGAAUUUGCUUAGAAGAACCUUACUUCCCUCGAUUCUUCUCUAAAUUAAGCCUUGUCGAUGAUUCUAAAAUUGGUGAAGAUAUUGGAUUUGGAGAUGGUCUUUUCUUGUCAGAACAAGCAUUUCUUCUGAGAGUUGUAUCAGAGAUCUUGAAUGAGCGGCUUAAUGAGAUUACUUUUCCCAAUGAUUUUGCUUUAUUUGUUUUUGGGAUAUUCAAGAGAUCUGUUGGGGUUAGUAAUUCUGUUUCGAGAUGCAAGUCUGGUCUUCCAACAGGCUCUACGGCAAUAGAUGUUCUUGGAUACUCGCUAACCAUUUUGAGAGAUAUUUGUGCAUGCAAUAGUGAGGGAGGCUUGAAGGAGGAGGAUUCAGUGGAUGCUGUCGAUGUGCUAGUAUCCUCUGGACUCAUAGAAUUGCUUUUAUGCUUGCUUGGCGAGCUUGAGCCCCCAGCUACGAUAAGGAAAGCCCUCAAACAGGGCGAGAACAGAGAGGGAACAAGUUCUUAUUCAUCAAAGCCUUGUCAUUACAGAGGAUUUAGGAGGGACAUUGUUGCAGUCAUUGGCAAUUGUGCAUAUGGAAGGAAACAUGUUCAAGAUCAAAUUAGACAAAAGAAUGGGAUUCUUCUGCUCUUACAACAGUGUGUUAUUGAUGAAGACAAUCCCUUCUUGAGGGAAUGGGGCAUAUGGUGUGUGAGGAAUUGUUUGGAACGGAACGCAGAAAAUCAACAAGCAGUAGCAGAAUUGGAGCUUCACGGAUCUGUUGAUGUGCCUGAAUUAACUAGACUUGGUCUCCGAGUGGAGGUGGAUCCAAAUACUCAACGUGCAAAGCUUGUAAAUGUCUCAUGAUGAAGUUUCAUGCUGCAAAAGAGCUAGUAGCCUUUUUCUUUUAGUGAGAAGGUUGGCAAUAGGAUAUAAUUAGAGCAUACGGGUCUAUAGAAUUUCUUCUUUAUCAAAUGUUGACCCAAAAGGUUAAUUUUUUUUUUUUUUUUUUAGGGUUUUGGGGUACUAUUUUCAUUGUAUUCUGAGAUCUAUAGAGGAACAGGUGCUUUACUUCUUUUUUUCACAAACGGGGAGCUAUAUUGCAGGAAUUCUAUAUUGAUGAUCAUCCUUGUACUUGCCUCUUUAUCUCUUCCUCUCAGGUUGUCGGUAGGAGUAAUGUUUUCUGUUGUAGAGGAGUUGUACUCCUCAGUUUGUGUAUUUGUACCUUCUGCUUCUAAUAAAAAUGUGGGUUUUCUUUAUAA